UUUCUAGCUAGUAAACAAGAACAAAGAUUCAUUUUGUUUUGACCAUAUUAGAAACCAUGAAAAUCCUAAUUUGCGCAGGACAUCCGCCGACCCACAUUCCAAGAAGUCUAUCUCCAUGGAAACCAACAAGAAUCCAGCCACACCCAGCUCUCCGCCGAGAAACAUGGAAGGUCGUCGCCAAAGCGGAAGCCAAAGGCUUCGGCGGAGCCCCUGCAGCAGCCAACAUCCAAGGCCAAAAGAGCAGUAAAAGAGCAGAUGCUGCUCCGAGGAAAACCGCCGGAAGAAAUGGCGGAGAAGAUGACGAGAAGAUACCGAAGGUGGUGUUCGAGAGGAUGAUAGGCAGGAUCUUGUUCUACGUUGGGGCUCCGAUGGCCGCCGGGAUAGCUUUGUUGCAGGUGUUUAACGUGGUGAAGGAACAACGACUGUGGGAGGUGCCGAAAUGGGUGCCGUUCUUGACGACUUUCGUGACUUUUGGGGCAUCGGCUCUGGGGAUUGCUUAUGGAACUCUCUCUGCGAGCUGGGAUCCGGAGGAGGAGGGCUCUGUUCUUGGGUUUGAAGAAGCUCAGAAGAAUUGGGUCGAGAUGUGGGAGGAGGAAUAGAAUUGGUGUUGAAAGUGACAAGGGUUGCUACUUGCUGCUGCCUGUUUCUUGAUAAUAAAUUCAUAGUCCUUGAUCUUUGGCUAGUUUUCUUGUGAUUAUUAGGCUUUGUUUGUGUGGCAUGCU